CGUACGAAAAGCGGGCAUUCUGGCAGGCACUUCUUAUUCUUCUUUGAGAAGGCAUCCAAAACAGCUUCAUCCACAUCCAUCGCGCCUCAACUGUCGCCAAAGCAUCACCCGACAGACGAGGCAAGAUAGGGUAGGAAUGAAGCAAAGAUGGCGGAGCGAAAAGGGGUAUCCGCCGCUGGGAUGCAGGAACGUUUUUCUCGCUACCAACUUUCUGCUGUUCUUUCUCCUUGUUGCCGUUGUGGCUCAAGUGGAAGAAGAAGAGCUGUCCAAGGAAAUACCCCCCGUGGGCUUUCGGGAAGGCAGCCCGCUGUGUCCUUGCCUGCCUGCCCUUCCCCUCACUGUUGACGAUCGAGAUCUUGCCAAUCCCAACCUGGAAAAUCACUUGGGCAAAUUGUUCGACUCGCCUACGUAUGGUGUUGGAUGCGGUGCCCACGAUGUCAAGACACCGCUUUGCUUGGAAGAGAGCAACUACUGUGACAGAGCCAAGCACAUGGUUCCUUCGCCAUUUGGUUGUGAUAUGAGCUGGUGUAGUCGAAGCUGGUGCUUUGUGGAUCCUCUCAAUUGCACACUGGCCAGUCGUCGAAGCAGCGCCUUUGCCCACAGCAAUCGGCACUAUUCCUACGCCACAUGUGGCCACAUGGAUAUUUUUACCCAUGUGCAAAGAUUCAAAGCAUUGGAGGGACAGAUAUUCAAAGUUGGCUUCAAUUCCAACAGUGGGGGUUGGUUGGGAGCUUACAACAAGGACAAGCAACACUACCAAGGACCGAUCGACAACUGGUCUGGGCCGGUAGUGGAUUUUGUCAUUCAAGCGGCCAGAAUUGGGCGGUUUCAGAUGGAAAUCACACCGCCACCACCGACCUUGUGGGUGCAUUCAGUAGAGUACUUUGAGUCCGAGUCGAACUUUGAUUUUUGUGUUUAUGCAGCGUCGCUCGGCUACCUGGACAUGUGCGUCGCACAGUAUACCAUUACAGAGCGAAGAGCAGCAAGUACAGACUGGUUGACACUGGGGAGCGUGGGAAUCUACCUGAUUGUGAACCGUGAUGCAGACAAUGGAAGAGAUCUGAACUACUUUUUUAGAUCCAUUGCGACCAUCUUUAGUCCAUUCACACCACACACAUGGCUCUUUAUAUGCGCCUUCGUCAUUCCAAUCCUUGGGAUUCUCAUGGUGGUGCACGAACGUGGCAGGGGCGCCUCUUCCUCUUAUCCAACCGAGGAAGUGGUCUUGAUGACAAAUGACAAAACGGGGGAAUCCAUGAUCAAAAAGAUCCCAAUUCCAAUCUACAUGAGUAUCAUCAAAUCCAUCUAUGUUGCCUUCUUGGCGGUCAUGCAACAAACAUAUGAUCCUGCUGUCUCGACGUUAGGUGCCAUGCUCAAUUUGUUGGGAAUUGCAUUCUUUAUAUUGACAAUCGUCGCGGUGUACACAGCCAAUCUCGCUGCCAUUCUUUCGCACAAUGUGGAGAAUGUUGUUGUGAGCAAUCUAGAUGAUGCCAUCGCUGCGGGCUACAGGUUUUGCAGCGAGCGAAAGAAUAUGGAAUCCGUGUUGAAUGUGUUUCCAACGCUGGAUCGGAACAGGUUUGUGGUGGAUCCCCCGGAAAUUGGCGGAGACGGGGAGCCUGGGUUCACCUGUUCAGCCUGCCAAAGCAGGGCAAGGGUAUUUGAUUUCUUGGAUCCUUUGAGGGCUAACCGAGACCCGAAGUAUUGCCAUGCAGCUAUUGCACCCGAAGAGGAUCUGGACGUGUUUGCGUCAAAGGCAUUGCACUGCAACAAAACGAUUGUAGGGAAACCAGUGCAAAUGGUUCAAACAGGCAUGCCAGUUUUCGAAAACGUGUCGCCUCAGCUGAUCUCUUUUUUCUUGAAACUUCAAAAUGAUGGUGUCUAUGACGCUGGCCUGCUGGCAAACAAACCGAACAGUCGAUGUACCAUGCCAGGAGGGGACGAUAAUGCAGUGGGUCUCACCAUUUCCCAGUUGUCAGGAAUAUGGGUGGUCAGCUUUGGUUUUGCCUUCUUGGGUCUUGCGGCAACAUUCUGGCAAACUUGUUUGAAGUGUCAAAACAGGGGUGAGAAAACGGUACAGAUGAAACGAGUCUACAAGCGGGAUCAGCGAGGGGCUAGGAUUGAGGUUUUAGGGAUGCAAGACACUUGGAUGGCUGGUACUUGGGACAGAGAUGGCAAACCUGCUCUGAUGGAGGACCUGUCGAUGGCCGGCUCUACGCAUCUGAUGGAGCUCCGUGGAAGUAUACCGUCGGCUCCAUUUGAUCGGGAUCCCCGUCUCUCUGAAUUGAGCGAGCUGCACAGCAGAAUCAGUGGCCAAACCCGACGUCGGGGUGGACCGGCGAGAGACGACUCUGCAGGAGAAAGUCGCUUUAACGCGUCGUUGACGAUGAUCGACGAAGAGCUCGAGGCGGCGUCAGACAGGGACUUCAGCAGGUAGCUAGCUAGCAGGGAAAACUCAGAAAGCGGAAGUGCACUGAAAAUGGCAAGGAUCCAGCGCGGGGCAGAAGACAGAUGCAACGAAUGCAUGGUGUAACGAUAGGGCCAGAAGCUGCGAUCCUUGGAGAAUGUUGUGGGGAUCGAGCAUCUAGCUAGAUCGGAUGAUGACAAUCUGUGCUGUGCUCAGCACCUGAAGUCCACUGAAGAUUGCAGAGUUCAAUUAUUCCGUACCAACAGCAGCACAAUCAGGUUCGCUCCUUCGCUUCUCAUUCUGUUGUGUUCUGCAAUAGGGUGUGCCUCCUCAGCAGCGAAGGCAAAAGCAGCAUGCAUGCUUUUCAUCUUGGGAUUCGCUUCAUCAUUCGGUUUCGGGUCUUGAGGGCUUCCUGCUGCUACGCUUGUGAAAUCACGAGUCCUCGAAUAUUGCCUGUGCCAGCGAUCCAAGACAAUUCAGUGAGGAUAGAUGAGAUGAAGUGCCUGGGUGGCUAUAGUAGCAACUUAGCCAGAUAUUGCACUGGAGACCUUUGGACCCCCAAUGUUGGAUAUUGGUCCCCUACAGGGCCCUCUUGAAUGAUGGCCCUCUUGAAUGAUGGAUACUGUUUGGUUCAUGGUCCAAAAAAAUAAAACAUAAGUCAACCCAGGACAAAAGUCGGAAUACAUGCAAAGCAGUAGGGCGGGAGAACUGGUAACCAUUGACGGAGAAACGGUGCAAUGGCACUGUCGGUGGCACCUCACAAAGCCUUGGUCCUUUAGAAGUCAGUAUAUGUAUCAUGCACUUCUUGCAGUUGCUCUUCAAACACUUGAACACUACCAGGCCCUGUGAUGUGAUCUCUAUAGCUAGCUAGAAUUCUCUGUCUCCUUACUACCAAUAACCAUCUUCCACCAGACCAACCAAUCCUGCCAAAGCUCCCCAGUGAUAGAACUUGGUCCCUGUACAGUCUUUGGCACCAUCACCCUCCAAUGAUGGGUGAAAGUUCUCACAAAUGUCACGGUGUCGGUUCCACUGGUUCAUCAUCAUGGCUUCCAUUUGCUUGCACAAUGCCUUGCGGGCUAAAUCCCAGUUGGGCUCUUCCAUGCUGCCUUUCGCUGUCCUCUUCUCGUUGCCAUCUUUGACAUCGAGGUGAGCCAAGUGCCUUUCUGGAUACUGCAGGCUCCAGUGAACCAGCUGCACAAGAGGUCCCCAAACAUAACCCCUCCAACUGUAUGGUACAGGAACGAAGGAGCAUGCAGAAGGGGUAAGGAAGGAACAUCAUGGAUAGAUCAAUAGACAGACAAUGAACGUACUAAUUGUCUCCUGCCAUAAACGCGGGAUCAUCGGCACUGAUACUCGGCAGUCCCCAGUAGCACCCUUUCGGGUCGUUUCCAUCAAAAUCACCAUUUGGGGCAAUGCAAAACCGGGAGGAG